AUGGAGUUUCUGCAAGGGAAAGAGUUGGCAGGCGUAGGGAGGCUCUGCCUCUGCAUGGUUUGGGUGUGCCUCUUCGCCCAGCUGCUCCCACCGUGGACCCCGGCGCCUCCCACCACAUCAUCAUCGUCUUCGCCACCAGCGCACCAGCCAUCCAACAACUGGCCACUCAUGCAGUAUUCCGCUACAUCGUCACCUUCGUCGGCCCACGAACCAUCGGCUGCGGCGGAGGACCCACCGACGCGAGCAUACGCGCGCGAGCACUGGGUGCUGGCCGAGGUGGGGCGGACAUACAAGAACGCGGUGUACAUGUCCCGGGAAGCGGAGGCGAGGGACGAGAACGCCUUCAUCACCGCCACCCUGGCCCUCGGGUCGCACUACCUCCUCAUCGGCCUCUCGCUCUGGCUCCUGCUGGCGCCCGAGAAGGAACGGUCGGCACUGGCCGACGGCCUCUGA